GAAAUCGGGAAUCGCAAACACAAGAGAGUCCAGCCAAGGCAAAACGGACCUGGAUCUGAGCUGGACCCCUGGCAUACCUGGACGCUAAGUGAGAGGAGCAGAGGAGCGUGAGAGUGGACGGAGAGGAGUCCCCGAGCAGGAGAUGGCUGGGUUCUUGGACAACUUCCGCUGGCCGGAAUGCGAGUGCAUCGACUGGAGCGAAAGACGUAACGCUGUGGCCUCGAUGGUCGCCGGCGUGCUGUUCUUCACGGGCUGGUGGAUCAUGAUUGAUGCUGCGGUGUGCUACCCCAGCCAGGAACAGAUGAACCACGCCUUCCACACGUGUGGCGUCUUUGCCACAUUGGCCUUCUUCAUGAUAAAUGCUGUGUCCAAUGGCCAAGUGAGAGGGGACACUUACGGAGAGGGCUGCCUAGGACGGACAGGAGCACGCCUCUGGCUCUUCAUCGGGUUCAUGGUCCUGUUCGGCUCGCUCAUCGCCUCCAUGUGGAUCCUAUUCGGAGCCUAUGUUGUACCCAAGAAGGAAGUCUACCCUGGACUGGCUGUUUUCUUCCAGAAUGUGCUGAUAUUUUUCAGCGCCCUGAUCUACAGAUUUGGGAGGAAGGAAGAUGUGUGGAGUUAGAACCCCCUGCACAGACACAGCACAAUCGAACCCCCCCUUUCUGCUUCUUCACAUCUUCCCGUCACUGAUUUUAGACCCCCUGGAAGGUGGACCGUAUAUGGUGGAGAUGUGGCUAGCAACCAGACUCCACCCCUAAGUGACCCGCCCCAUUGCGAUGACCUGCCCUCCCAGCUCCCUUUGUGUUUACUCCUUUAUUCAGAUGAGCCAACACCCAUUCCCCAUGCUAACGCUUCUGCAACGUUACAGCGGGCGCUUCAGACUCGAGCGCUGGGGAUUUCGCUGUUCCAUUUCUCAUCCUCAGCCACAGAAGAACAUUUAAGGAGCCCGUUUCCGAGAGGGAGACGAGACACUAAUCUGCCAUUUGUUUGAACAAACUGUAGGUAGAAUGGACAGUGGAGACCUUGAGUUGGAUGCGUUGUUGUGAGGCCUAUGACGACUCAGGGUUAAUCAGCACAAAUGGCAGCAGGUUGUGAAAACCAGGUAUUGUUUGUGAAGGUCAUUGUGAUCAUCCUUUUUUGAUGUUUUUCCUGUAUAAAUAUUUAUUUUGUCACUUAUUUGUUGUCCCCUGUGAAAAUGGAUGUAAAGGGGUUCCAUUUUUAAAGUGGAAGGCUAACGGGUAUUGAUUUUGGCAAAGUUUGCUGCCUCAUUGUAGCGAUAAUCACCAUCACUAUUUCUGUAACGUUGUGGAGCGUUAUUGUCUUGGAUUAAGUAUUUUUUUUUUUUCCCCCAAAUUUAGCUCUGUCUACUGAACCAUUUUUAGGUAUUUUGUUUAUUUCUUAGGGUAUGUGUGGUUGAGACCAUCCUUAUUUUAUAAAUCAUGUUAUUGGUGAAUGUUUAGUUACAUUUCCCUGUAGCUAUUUUAGACCAAAGGAGGACUGAAUUUAUGUGGCAUAGUUGUGUGUUUGUAGUGUGUGUACUGCUAUAGUUCACACUCCAUAUUUGAUGUUUUUCUCCACAGGCUUUCCCCAGCAAUUAGUACUUUAGAUUGUGGGAACUUGUGGAAAAUGACUGGCUCAUCGUGGAUGAUGAUGUUACAAAUAGUUCUUGGAACGUUUUUAAAUGACUUAGUUCCUCCUAAAUUUUAAGUGGGUGAAAAACAUCUGUAACUGCCCACUUUCCUGCUUUUACUCUGUUGCUGGCAUUGAAGUGAAGAGGAAGCACAUGUUCACAAGCCCUUACUGCAUGUCUGCCUGUCUGUGUGCGUGUAUGUUGUCUUAUGAGAGCCACACCAGAGUCCAGGUACCCCUGGGGGGGUGGACAGCCAAAGAAGUUUGUACCCCAAACCACAGCUGCUGCAAAACAAUUUAGUGAUUAACUUGAGUUUUACUGUAGGACCUGGUGAGGGAGCGACCUCAGUGGGAGGGAGCGUUUAUUCCAGGGAUGUGUCCUUUUCUAGGCGACACUUGUAACAAACUGAGUCUUAAGUUUAAACUGAGAAAUUAUUUUUCUGUAUUUUAUAUUGAUAUGUUGUGUAUUCAGGUGCGUGCAUCAAAGUAUAAACAUUUUAUUUAAUAGAAUGUGUAGUAUUUAUGGAAGGUCCACACUCUAAUUGCUCCACCGCUGCUUUUACAGACUAGACAGCCCCGGUUAAUGCGAACACAUCAACUGGUGUCACUGGAAUUCGCCUCUUUCCAAAUAGGCGAAGCUGCCAACCCUGUUAGUCUGAGGCCGAUUCGAAGGGGGCGAAUUCAAAUAAACGUCAGCGGAAGACGUUCCUGCACGUUGUAGCAUUUCUGCAAGAGCUCCUCAGUACCACACGCAAACUUCAGUAAAACAUCAAUAAAGCAAACGCAGCUCGAGCGUACUGCUGUCGUGUUGUUUGUGAGCGAUGACUUCUUUGAACCGAGAAUGGCCCGUUUUCUGUUGAAACUGGUGGCGGGGGGAGGGGGGGCUUAAUCUUUCAGUAUGCUAACAUUGGUGCACCAAACUUCCUUUUUGCUGUCCUCGUUAUGUGCUCGACCCCAAAAUACAGAACUAGAACAUGUGCGGUCAACCAGUUGAGAUAUUUAUCUUAGCCAUCCAGCGACUCAAAAAGGAGCAAGUGCUACAGCAAAACUCCAAGUGCGUAAGUAACUACUGUGAUAGAUUACAAAAUACCGCAGCUAACUGCCGUAUCCUGG